CUCGACUUCCUACCCUACACCGCCAGUGUCUGCACCUCUCUCCUGCAGGCCAGAACUGCCUCUCCUCAUACGUUGUUAGUGUCGCGGUGUGUGAAUGAGGCAGUUGAGAGAGAGCAUAUCUCCCUCACCAUUCCCUGGGCAGUGGACUACAUGAGUAUGAUCGACAGCCACGCCCUACAUGUCCCUCAGGUCCACUCCCUCCUCUGCCAGAUGGUAGCAAUCUAUAGGUCUACUCUGCUAGAAGGUGGGUCUGUUACUGCAGACUCCUUCCUGGUGCUGGCCUGUCUGGGCUGGUUGCUUGAGACUCCCAACGUUUCCAGCUCAGUCUUUUUCCAGUGCCUGAAAAGUGAUGGCUUCCAGCCUUCUAAACUGCCACAGAGCGAGCUGGUGACUCGAGACUUGCUCUACAUCUGCUGUCCUUACCUAGCUUGCAUACGAGUCACACUGGCAGAGUUUGCUUCUGGCCUCCAGUCCAAAACUAGUCCAAUUCGAAAGAUCAAGCCCGUCCCAGCUGGCCCAGACACCACUCACACACAAUCUUCACCAGUCUCACCGCUACAGCUGAAACUGCAGGAGAAUUUUUUCAGAAACCAUCCUCCUCUGUUUAAACAGCUCUGUGACACUGUCUCUGAAAGAGUCUCUGAGACAGCAGUUCAGCUAGUGCAGAGUGAGAUUGUUCCCGAGCACGUCAGAAGUGGUUUACAGAGUCUGGCACUCUGGAUUGGCCAGUCGUGCUCAGACCAGCCCGGUAGUGGAUCAUGUAUUAACCUGGAGGAGCUUUUUCAUAGGAGUGAAGCUGUCAGGAAAGUGGCCCAAGUCAGAGAUCAGACAUUCUCUUGUGCCCUGAAAGAGGCAACGCAGUUCUGUAGAGGACACAGUGAAGCUAAUACCAGUAGAGCUAUGAGUGCUCUGGUGUGUGCUACCAUUCCUAAGCAGGUUUUGACUGUAGCUAUAGGUAUUGCUGUUGACUGGUGUAUUGAACGGUGUAUGAAAUGGAUUAACUCCAAGUUGAGAGGCAUAGUGUUUGAAGAGGUUAGUGGUGGGUACGAGAAGUUACGAAAGGCAGUUAGGAUUGGAGUUAAAGCCAGCCAGUCACACCACUCGGACAACCUCCAGUCCCACAGCAACAUUAGCGUACCUUCUCCUAUUGCCACCAACAGAUCCUACCAGUCUUACGACCUCUCCUCUGACAUUAGCAGUGGCUUACCUUCUCCUAAUGCUAAUAGUCAGACCAACAACAGACCUGUCUCGUCUCUGGACGAAAGCUCAAAGCACAGUCAUCCAUCACCCAGUAGUGGGCACUACCUCGAGAUCUCUGAUCACUCCAGCUGCAACAUCCUUCAGUCCCCUACUCAAGAUUUAUCCACUAGCGCACUCCCUACAGCAAGCCAGGCACUCUUGAGAAAACCUGACGGGAAAGGAACUAGUAGCCAAACGGCCUUGUGUCCUAUGUCUCUGUUUAUGAAGCUGACAUCUCCAGCUAUGGCCGAGAAACACAGUUCUCCACAAAAAGAUGGUGUGCUAGAGGUUGUGGCAGCAACAGAGAGUGUGAGAGAGUUCCUGCUGGCUCAGUUCAGUAUGCAGCUCUGCUGGGUCAGUCACCAUUAUGACGUCAUAGAACAUACCGUAUACUAGAGGAAUUGGUAACUUUGAGCCUUAUCCAUGGGGACUUGGCCCUAUGAGCCCCACAGCUCUUUUAUGCUUAUUUGUCAUACAGUGGCACAUGGUCUAAUAGAAAGCUCUAUUUCGGAAAAAUUUACUUCUCUGUGGUGUCUUCUGAAAGGUCUCAAGCAAGACAUCCCAGUUCGUCUACUGCUGAGUGCAAAUUCUUUCAGUCAUUACCUGCAGCAAGUAGGAAAGGUUGACACACAUUACCUUUUGUUCUUCACCAUAACUUUCUAUGAAGAAGUUUUUUAUCUGUAGGAUGAGCAAGAUUUCUGUUGAUGUAAUGUACAGUGUGUCUGCCUGGUCGAUUGUCAUAGGGUGUUGAGGAGGUGUGGUCUUCUCUGGCCCGUCUGCUGGAGGCCAUCGUCACAUUGAGCAUCGUAGCCACUGAUGUUAUUGAGGCUCUGUGGCUGUGUCGAAUCAGGCAAUCGUCACCUUCCGAGAGACAGAGUGUCAUCAGAGGUUCUGUUGUAUUCCUGGCCGAGUGGUUCGGUCAGGGAGCUCAGCAGAAAGACAGCAGAGGUCUUGAGGUACACGGUGUGGUUAGAUAUUUCUGUUUCGUUCGUCUGCUAAGACUAGUUGCUAGUGAAUCAGACUCUCAUCUCAUUGACUCUUUUAGAAAUCAUCCUUCUCUACCUUUCUUGGCUCUGUGAUCACAAAACUUUAUUUCUAUAAUUUGGCCAAACAUUCAGAACCACCAAUUAAUGUCGGAGAUAAUGGUGUGGAAAAAAAUAAUGUGUUUUGAUUAUCACACAUUAAGUAAAAGUGAAGGAGACAUAAGGACACUGAGUGAUAAUUAUAAUACAGGGUUGAAUGAAGAGACACACAUAUUAUGAUAGUUAACAGUCACACAGGAGAUUGGGAGAGUCAAAGAGAGGCCUUUUCCAGUCCAUGAACAGCAGGGACGACCUCUUCUCUGCAGAGAACCCCACCACAGGGUACAGGUCUUCAAACAGAUCUGUCAACCCUAUCCUCUUCACAACCACUCCGUUUCUGGUGAAGUAGACGAAGCCAGGUCGCGACUUGGAGUCGGAGGAAACUACCCCACACCCCACUCUGUCCCCCACCGAGCAAACGAAACUGGAGUCGUCGAACCUGUGGAAAUUGUCGCUGUCGUACACGGCUCUAAUGCUCCCCUUUGUGAUGUCGUAUGCCAUCGAUACGGACAUUGAACCGGGAAGAUAUCUUAUGGGGUAGUCCCUGACCGCCAGUCCAAUUACGACGUUGUCCUUCUGCCUUCAGGACGUGAGCGGCAAAGUAGUUGUGGUCCUUGUGCAUGGGGAGCGCAAACUGAGCAAAGCCGGGAGCAGUCGAGUUCUGAGUGCCGGAGAACUGUACGAUCUGGUCACAGUAGGAGCAGUUGCUGAUCCUCAUAAGCCCCACCAUGUGACGCUCAGGGGGCGACCACUUUGGCUUGAAGGUCUCGGAGAGCCUGACUAGGACCCUGUCGUGUCGCUGCAUGAGGCAGAUGCAGGGGUAGAACCCGCCGACUGGGAGGCUGGUUCUGACCCUCCCAAUCUCCACGCCAUUGUAGGUGAAUAAUAUCGAGCACUGGUUCUGGUUGUUGGGCGUAAAACUGAUCCCGCAACCGAUGGCGUCUCCCUUCUUGGCAAUCGGGCCAAAGUAUUUCCCCCUGUCUCGAGCCUGGUACAACUGGCCAUUGUCGGAAUGGUACCCGAGUGAGUCUUUCCCCCAGCCAGGCGCGAGCUCCAGCGAGUAAUCCCUAGGGACCACUCCAAUCGCGACAGCCGAGUUAGUCUCCACCGACAGUAAGUCCAGCUCGAAAUACUGCAGUUUUUCGGAAAAAGGCUCUCCGUAGGCGGCAACUGCAGGCUUUAUUCCAGUGAAGGGCAUUCUUCUUCCGUUUUCAAGGUACUGGAGCAGAAACGUGUUCUCCUGAGAAGUCGAUUGGAGUUUCAUGCCAUACACGUCCCUCCACUUGAGCAAGGAUUUGUUGAAGUUGCCCAAAGUGUGCGAGCCUGAGUUGAGCGUGAUCAUCACCUUUUCUCCAG